GAAUACGUUUUAGUACCGGGACAGCAGAUACAACAGUUCUGUUUAACCACACACAACGGAAGUCAAGAAAACGAUAGCAAAUAAAAUAGUAAAAUUAAUCAUGAGAAUUUGGUUCGUCGUAUUUGCACUCUUUUUGAUUGGAGUUGUAACAAUCAAAGCUGAUGAUUCGCGCACAGAACUGAUAGUGUGCAGCAGUACUUUGUUUCAGCUGGCCGCGCAUCGUCUUUCGAUCCAGCUGGGAGAAUUCAUGGAAUGUAAGCGAAAAGAUACGGAUAGCUCAGACAAAAAUUGCAGUCACAUCAUUCAGCGGGCAACGGAUGAUCUUCAACAGGGAUUAAAUGAAUACAAUAACUGUACCAAAUUUAUUUAGUCAAUAGUAUGCAAAAUAAAUAACCUAUCAAUCGAUAAUAA